GCAGAGAGGCGGAUGGGCUGGUAGUGUAUAAGAGCAGAGACAUUUUUUGGGUUUUGGUCAGGUUGUAAAUAUUUGCGCCGAGCGAUAUUCAUUCAGACACUGAAGGACAAAGCCACGGUGACAAUUUGAAGAUGAGACGGAUCGUGGUGUUGGCGAUUCUCAGCUUCAUCACGUGGAUGAGCUCGGUCCAUGAAAUGCAUGGACCCGUGUCCGGCUGUUGUCUUGGUGUGUCCAACACCACAGUCCGUCUAUGGAAAAUUAAGAAUUACACAAUUCAGUUGGAAGGUGUCUGUCCUGUCACAGCCAUAGUGUUCCAGACAGAGCGUGGAUUAAGAAUUUGCUCCGACCCCCAGAGCAGCUGGGCAAAAAAAGCCAAGAUGAAGGUGGAUGAGGCAAAAAGGUUGCUUGAGAUGGAACAGAAUAAAAAGGCAUCCACGAGUGACUUUGCAUCAACAGUCCCCACUACAACAAAAGCACCAGUGAAGCAAGGCAGGAAAAGAAGGAGGCGGCUUCGGCUGAAAUCCAGAAGUGGGAGGAAAUGUGUCUGAUGGCGUCUUUCAAACCUGCUUUGUAACAUCAACAGCAAAGAGAACUGAAAUGUAUUUUUAUCAUGAUUAAACAUCCAGAAUAUAUAGCUGUGAUGUCAGGACUCUGGUCUCCAGUUGGAUUCCAGAUGCCAACCCCACACCAAUUUUACUCUAUUUCCUAGGUGUGUGGAUUGAUAAAGUUUUAUCUCAUCCCAUGUAAGUUUGUGUUGACCGUACCUUAUGUAAACGUGUGCGUAUGCCCGUCAAAGUAUUUUGCACUGUCACUUCCCAAUAAAGUAUUUUUUAGCAAA